UUUCCUGUUUGUUAAAACACACACACUCCCUCUUCUUUCUCUCAUUCAGUAUCUAAGGAGCAUCCAGCUUUGUGUGGCAGGGAUUGUCAGUCACUCUUCUGGAGGAAGCUCUGAGUGCCUGCAGGCUGGCAUGUCAAACUAUUCCUCCGGGAUGAAGCACAUUCCAGGAGCACAGUCGUCCAUAUGAUUUUUUUUUGUUUUCCAGGGGUUAGUUUUAGAAGAAGUGCUUUAAUCUUGCUUGCUAUAGGUUGAUCCACAUGGAGAGAAAGUGGAACGGAAAGGACGGAUCCCCAUCCCAAACAGCGAUGAGACAGUAAUUCCAGAGGUGAUGUUAUAGACCUCCCCACCUCUUGAAAGGACACAUCAGACAUGGGGCUGCUGAAGCAAACCAACAGCACCCUGGUCAUGGAGGAGCUGGUCUUGGAUGAGAAGCUGCCACUAGGCUGGCACUCCAAUGGCAUUGUCACUCCUAGCCAGGGUCUCCAAGGUUCCAGCAGCAUGAUGAUGGACAGUACCAAGAUCGUUGGGGUCCAGGUCAUAUUGAUCGCAGCAUACUCCUUAAUCAUUCUCCUGGGAUUCAUCGGCAACUCCCUGGUGAUCUGCACGAUAGUGAAAUAUAAAACCAUGAAGACUGUAACCAACUUCUUCAUAGCUAACCUGGCCGUGGCAGACCUCAUGGUGGACACUCUCUGUUUGCCUUUCACCUUGGUGUACACACUGCUGGAUGAGUGGAAGUUUGGGGCUGUUCUUUGUCAUCUGGUCCCUUAUGCCCAAGCUUUGAGUGUCCAUGUGUCUACCCUCACCUUAACUGUGAUAGCUCUGGACAGGUAUAGAUGCAUUGUUUUCCACUUGGACAGCAGGAUCUCCAAGAGGCUCAGUUUCACGAUCAUAGCCAUUACAUGGUUGACUGGUGCGGUCCUGGCUGGCCCGCUGGCCAUCUUCAGAGAGUACAGGCAUGAGGAAAUCCCAUCCAUCAACCUCAAAAUAGCCGUCUGUUCUGAAAAGUGGCCUUCCGGAAAUAACAGAGAUGCCACCAUUUAUAGCCUUUCCAUGCUCCUUCUGCAGUACAUCCUUCCACUUGCCAUUAUUUGCUAUGCCUACAUCAGGAUCUGGUUCAAGCUGAAAAAUCAUAUCAGCCCCACCUCCAGCAGCGACAGCCAGUGCCGGAGGAAGACAACAACAAAAAUGCUAGUGAUGGUGGUGGUGGUGUUUGCAGUUUGCUGGCUCCCCUUCCACAUCUUCCAGCUUGCCAUCGACCUGGAUUUGGUGCUCAUCUUCCAGGAGUACAAACUCCUUUACACUGUCUUCCAUGUGGUGGCCAUGUGCUCCACAUUUGUAAACCCCUUGCUCUAUGGGUGGAUGAACAAGAACUACCGGAAUGGGUUCCUUACGUUCUUCAGCUGCCAGAACAAGCCUGAGAGUAUCUACACUGAUGGUUCAAUUAGACGCCGGUCUUACACCUUCAAGGCCACCACUCUUAAUGGGAGCAUCAAGCACUCCGCUGGCAAUGGGCAGCUGCCGACAGAGGUAUAGAGAUGAGAAACCCAUUAUCAACAGGGGCAGAGACUGAUUGACCUGAACAGUUCCUCCCAGGACUGAUGCCUUUUAGAGGGAAAUGUUGUGUUGCCAAAAUAUUGUAGCUACUGUAGCCAAAUGGAAGCACCUACUGUAUCUAUCAAAACAAUAAACCUGGUGUACUGUCCAUUCUGUCUUAUGAAACAGGUUAAGUAUUCUGUCCUCUGAGUUCUGUGCUUACUUGUGCAGAAGUACAGAGAGCAGUUUGUUUGUACGUAAGCAUGGAAACAUGUGUUGUACAAAGGAUAUUUCCAUUUAAAAAAUUAGGUUAUUCUCUUCUGCUAUUUGUUGUGAAAAAGCUUCCAUUCACUGAAAUAAGAUCCACCACCAAUAUAAAUCUGUCGAGACUGAUGCACAUUAAAUAUAUUCUUGUA